GAUGAGAAGGUGAUGUGAGAGGAGGCUCCUGAGCAAAGCUCAACCUAUGGCUCUGUAGACUUCUCUCACUGUGGUGAGGAAUCUAGCCUGGAGUGAUGGCUCCUCUUCUGCAGAGUUGUGUGGACUGAGCUACUAGGAGACCAUUACAUCCUGGACAUUGGGUGGUGGUCCUGCUGACCAAGGUGCAACAGUUUGCUUUGAAAUUUGCAAGGACUUGAGCUUCCUGUAUCUGCUGAGAGUUGUCCUGUGGAUGUAACCUGCUGGGAGUUAUCCAAAUCUAUUGCUACCUAAGCACUGCAAGAAUCUGCAGAUUUCAGAAAAUUGUCCAGGGGGGUCUGCAUGUCCUGGGGGAAGGAGGUGCUGGCAGAGACCACCUCUUCUUCUCAUCUUCAAGGGAAUAAAGCUUCCAGAAGAUUGCAAGCAGUGGAGCUGUCACCUGCCUGGAGAGACCUUGUGCUAGGGGGUCCUGGGGAGCCAAAGGAGAUGUUUUUGUCCAAGGAAUGAUACAAGUUUAGGAACCUUUAGUGGAUUUGUAGGGUUUUAUAAUUGCUCCUGGACAUGGAGGGAUUGUGCCUGAAUUUAGACAGUUCUGAGCUACUCAACUCUUCAUGGGUGAACUCCAGCAUGGAGAACCAGAACCACAGCUCCAACAGCACCAGGGAGCCCCUGAAGAGGAAUGAGGAGAUGGCCAAGGUGGAGGUGACUGUGCUGGCCCUCAUCCUGUUCCUGGCCCUGGCAGGGAACAUCUGUGUCCUCCUGGGCAUUUACAUCAAUAGACACAAGCACUCCCGCAUGUACUUCUUCAUGAAGCACCUGAGCAUUGCAGACCUAGUGGUUGCAAUCUUCCAGGUGCUUCCUCAGCUCAUCUGGGACAUCACCUUCAGGUUCUAUGCUCCAGAUUUUGUUUGCAGGUUGGUCACUUACCUGCAGGUGGUGGGGAUGUUUGCUUCUACCUACAUGCUCCUGCUCAUGUCCCUGGACAGGUGCUUGGCCAUCUGUCAACCAUUGAGGUCUCUGCACAGGAGAUCAGACUGUGUUUAUGUCCUUUUCACCUGGAUCCUCAGCUUUCUUCUCAGCACCCCCCAAACCGUCAUCUUCUCUCUUACAGAGGUGGACAAUGGGGUCUAUGACUGCAGGGCUGACUUUAUCAAACCCUGGGGGCUCAAAGCUUAUAUCACCUGGAUAACCCUAGCUGUGUACAUCAUCCCAGUGAUGAUCCUUAGCGUCUGCUAUGGGCUCAUUAGCUACAAGAUCUGGCAGAACAUCCGCCUGAAGACUGUGUGUGAGAGCAACCUGAGGCUGAGCACCAGCAGGAGAGCCACCCUGUCCAGGGUCAGUAGUGUCAGGCUAAUCUCCAAGGCUAAAAUCCGGACUGUGAAGAUGACCUUCAUCAUAGUGCUGGCUUACAUUGUCUGCUGGACGCCCUUCUUCUUCGUCCAGAUGUGGUCAGUGUGGGACCCCAACCCACCCAAAGAAGCCUCGCUCUUCAUCAUCGCCAUGCUCCUGGGGAGCCUGAACAGCUGCUGUAACCCCUGGAUCUACAUGCUCUUCACCGGUCACCUCUUCCACGACCUGCUACAAAGCUUCUUCUGCUGUUCCGCCCAGUACCUGAAGUCCCAGCAGCAGGGCAGCGACCUGAGCGCCAGCCGGAAGAGCAACUCCUCCACCUUCGUGCUGAGCCGCAAGAGUUCAAGUCAGAAGAGCAUCACCCAGCCGUCCACCUUGUGAACGCCCCAGGGACACUGUGGCCCUUAGAGGGCCCGGGGUCCAUGGCGCAGACUGGUCUAAAAUCAGGGCAAGGACUGCGAUCUGCAGGAAAUGCUACUGGUUCCGAGCAUGUAGGAACCAUCAAUAUGGAGGCCAUGUAUGCGGGGGAGCAGUCAUUUUGUCACUAGAUGGGUCUGUACGAUCCUUGGUUAUGUUUGGUGCCUUUGAUGGCAUUUAUUAAACUGAUCUCCCACCCCCCAUCAUGGCGCUGGAGUCCCCGAGACAAGAGGUGGCGCAGGACCGUUUAGCAGUCUCCAUCCUCGACCUGGCGCCGCUGAUCCACAGGGAUCACCUCAAAACAGAGCCCCAGUUCACAGUGGAAAGACGUAUGAUGCUCUGCAGCUUUCCAAUGCACUUUGCCUUCCAGUUGUGCGACAUUUUCAAGAUCUCUUUUUGCUGUCCCAGAAUGGGAAUGCAUUGCACACGAGCUCUUGUCCGCUGGGUGAGCGAGACAUGCCUUCAGCUUGUUAGCAGGAUCGUUUCCAGUCACUGACAGCCAGCGGAGGCUUUGAAAAUAGACAAGGAGCUGAAACACAAAGAUUUAUGAAACCAUCUAAAAGCGGAACUGCCCUUGUUGCCCAUAGCGACCAACCACCGCUCUCUUGAAAAGUGAAAGCUGGGCUGUGAUUGGUUGCUAUGGGCAACAGCUUAAAUGUAGGCGAGAAAGUUGCAAAACUUUUUUCGUGAUAUAACAAGCUUUAUUUACAGAAGACGUGACAAACAAGCGCAGUGUGUGAAUAUGACCUAAGAAGGGAGUCUGUCACCAAAAUAUGACAUUGUACACAACUUCCAUGAUUCAAAUGGUACCUUUGUAAUUUUCUUCUGAGUUUCACCAGCAGGA